AUGUCUGCCAGCAACGAUGUCUACCAGACUCCCCUCAACUCGCGCUAUGCGAGCAAUGAGAUGAAGUUCUUAUUCUCGCCUCGCAUGCGUUUCUCGACCUGGCGCAAGCUGUGGAUCUGGCUCGCAGAGUCUCAGAAAGAGCUCGGCCUUCCUAUCACCGAGGAUGCUAUUGAGCAGAUGAAGGCUCAUGCCACUAUCCAGGACGAUGAGUUCGCCGUUGCCGCCGAGGAGGAGAAGCGCCGCCGACACGAUGUCAUGGCCCACGUCCACGCCUUUGGUCUGGUCGCUCCGGCUGCUGCUGGUAUCAUCCACUGGGGUGCUACUUCCUGCUACUGCACUGACAACGCUGACCUGAUUCUGCUCCGGGAUGGUCUCGACAUCCUCAUCCCCAAGCUUGCUGUUGUCAUUGACAAGCUGUCCCAGUUUGCUCAGCAGUACAAGGACCUGCCUUGCCUCGGUUUCACCCACGGUCAGCCCGCCCAGCUGGUCACUGUCGGCAAGCGUGCUUGUUUGUGGAUUCAGGACCUGCUGAUGGACCUGCGCAACCUUGAGCGUGCCCGUGAUGACCUCCGCUUCCGCGGUGUCAAGGGUACCACUGGUACCCAGGCCUCCUUCCUUCAGAUCUUCGAGGGUGACCAUGACAAGGUUGAGAAGCUCGACGAGCUUGUCACCGAGAAGGCUGGCUUCAGCUCCGCUUUCAUUAUCUCCAGUCAGACCUACUCGCGCAAGAUCGAUGUGGACGUAGGCAACGCUCUGGGCUCAUUCGGUGCUACCUGCGAGCGCAUUGGUAUUGACAUUCGUCACCUUGCCAUGCUCAAGGAGGUCGAGGAGCCUUUUGAGAAGGACCAGAUUGGCAGCAGUGCUAUGGCCUACAAGCGUAACCCCAUGCGCUCUGAGCGUCUCUGUUCUCUCGGCCGUCACCUGCAGAACCUCCCCAAGGACGGUCUGGACACCUACUCCGCCCAAUGGUUCGAGCGUUCUUUGGAUGACAGCGCUAUUCGUCGUAUCAGCAUUCCUGAGCUCUACCUGUGUGCUGAUGCCUGUCUUAUCCUCCUGAACAACGUUUCCUCCGGCUUCGUCGUCUACCCCGAGGUGAUCAAGCGCCGUGUCAACGACGAGCUCCCCUUCAUGGCUACUGAGAACGUGAGAAAUUUGAUACGCUACAAUAUCCACUUGCAAUGCUAA